CGGAUUCCAUCACCGGAGCAAUGCGGCUCUACUUGUUCGCUGCUGUUUUACCGGCUCUGAUCCAGGCUAAGUCGCUAGCUAUAAACUUGGCUAAGGAUUCCCAUUGUUCUUUCUCAAAUGACGCGCUGAAUGUAUCGUGGACGUUCGACGCACCCAGCUCCGAUGUGGUCUUCAAAAUGAUGGCUCAGUCGAGAUCAGAGAAUUUCUGGGCCGGGAUGUUCUUAGGAAACGACCGACCGGAAGAUUCGAUAGGAGCUUUCGUUCGAAAUGGACAGAUUGGUGUGAUGGAUGGUUAUGUGGUUGAUGAUCGGCUACUUUUGGACAAUAUGACAAAUCUACAAUCGCUCCUGUUCGAUUUGCAAGACCAUAAACUUACUGCAGAAUUUGCUCGACCGCUUACUACGAGCGAUAUGAACGACAGUGAUUUGAGCCAAUGCAUAACUUUCUUCUUCCCAUCACAACCGCUGGGAAUCGACCCAGCUGGUCAAAUCCAAGUUCCAAAAGAUCUCCAGUCAAAGCGAGUAUGCAAUAUUCCAACAUCGUGCAAGACCGAGUCAAUAGAUGUGGUGAAACGUUCGGAUGCCACGGUCUGUGAGCACACACAAGGCAAGAAUAUCAUCAGAUGGCAGAAGGUUGACGAUGAGGUGAAGUUCUCUAUUGGGCAAGGCGUACAGCCUGGAAAGUGGUGGUCAGCCAUUGGUGUUGGACAAGGAAUGGCGGAUCUAAAAAUAGCAGCCGCAUUCUUUGAAAACGGUGAAGUGAAGAACAUGGGAGGUUAUCACGCAGAAGGUCACGGUGUGCCCGCCGCUGACGAUACCCUUACACCAAAAUUGGAUGCUGAGAACACCAAAGUAGUCGAUGACAGGUCGGUGGCGCAAUUCUCACUUCCCAUGGAUUUAUUCACCUCACGUUUUGACGACAGCGGUUGCGUUACCCUCCAAAUUGCUUCUGAAGCUGGGGAAUGGGACGACGAUUACGUUUUCAAAAAGCAUCAGAACACACCGGAAGCGGUUCUUGUUUGCGGCAUAGAUCAGUGCUCAGCCACUCUGGAAACUGCUGGAGCUGAAGCGGGAGCCGGAGCAGAAGCGGGAGCCGGAGCAGCGGGAGCCGGAGCGGAGGCGGUGACUGGAGCUACUGGAGAAGCCGGAGCUGAAGCUGCUAGUGGAGCUACACCUGCUGCAGCUGGAGCUGAAGCUGUCAGCGGAGCUACACCUGCUGCAGCCGGAGCUGAAGCGGUGUCUGGCGCUACGGCUGAGCCUGGUGCAGCAGGAGCUGCGAGCGGAGCUGCGACUCAGCAACCUGAAUCUAACGGAGUGACUGCAGCUUCUGAAGCAUCAGGCAGUGAUGCUACGGCCAUGGCUGCUCAAGCAGCCAGCGGCGCAACUACCGCUGUACCGCAAGGAGCGACUAUCACAGCUGAGGCAAAUGCAGUUGGUGAAGGUGCGAUCGCCUCGGGUGCUACGCCAGCUGAAGCACACGAAGGAUCUGCCACGGAAGCUACUAUGGCUGGAAGCGGAAGCGAACACACCGUUGCUCCGGGCGUACAAACGAGCACUGUUGAAGGUGUCAGUGGAGUUUUAAAUGGUGCUUCGGCUCGACCUGAAGUAGAGGGAAGCGGAGAGGCUGCCAAUGAUACCUCAUUGUUUGCAGCGGCAGCUCACGCUGUCGAAGAGUUACCUGAAGGCUCCGGAAUGGAAGGAAGUGGUGAACUGGCAAAAGUCGAAGUUCAUGGCACUGAAGCUCUGAAUACCAUCACUGGCACUGGUGCUGCCGCAGAAGAAGGAUCGGGAGAAGGAGCUGCUAAAGCAGCUGCGCUAGGUGAGGGAUCUGGGGAAAUGGCUAUCGGAGGAGAAGGAGCUAAGGUCACUGGUACAGAAACUGAAGGAAAACCUCUUGUUUUGGCUAAAGCUGAUGAGCCGACCGUUGUGAAUGUUCUCAAAAAUGGAUGUGGGGAUGAUCAUACCGAUAUAAAUGUGUGCGAACACUAUUUCGAAGAUUAUCUUGGAAAAGUAAAAGCAUGGGCCGACAAGCACGAUCAGGUUUUGGAGAAAAAUAUGUGGAAGGCUUGCAAGUUGCUGUCGCAGGUCAAGCACGUUCCAACUUUAUGCUGCAGUAAAUUCUAUUCUACCUGUAGCACACAUAUGGAAACGAGAAGAUGAAAUUUAGAAAAAUUUUACUCUUGUAUAUAAGGCUACAAUCCUUACUGAAUUCGCUACGUUAAAUUUGAUAUGUCCAAUUAUGUGUAAGUUGUGUGAACUUAUCACUUCAUUGCAUUACCGAUCAAAUUGCGGGAUAGGUACAUUUUACACCUGAACGUUUAUUUUCUGAAAACUGAGACACUUAAAGCACUGUGAUACUCUUACGGCUUCUCUACUCAACUUUUGUUUGCUUGCUGUCGAUGAUUCUUGCCAAUAAAUGUCGACAUAUGU